CAGCUGUCCACAACACUUCGAUGCUAAAGCAGAAGACGAAAACACAGCAUUCAACUUUCAUUCUAUCAUUUAGGUUUUACACUCCCAUGGUUUUUUGAGAGAGCUGACAUAGUGUUUUGAGUAUGGCAUGAGACCUGUCAUAUUCAAGUCUAUUGAGAACAAUGGCUUUCAAGCAAAAGUUGAAAUCCCUCAUUGCUGGGGGAAAGCAAGACAGCCUCCAGUCGCCAGUGGAGGAGAGUGUGUCUGUGUCAGACAUUUUGUCUGUUGGGGCCGCAGUGACCAAGAGUAAGGUGGAGAAGAAACCGGUGAACCCUCAUGAGGAGCAAGAGAUUAUAGACGGGAUUGAGGCGGAAUAUUACAAUAAUGAGUCCUUUGAUACUAGUCUUUUUCAAUUACAAAAACUUCCGGAGCAGCUUGACCUGGAGAAGAUCAUGGACGACAGUGUCCGACUCCGGACUCAGCUACAAGCUGUGUCAAAGCGGGUGUCGGAGCUGAUCCUGCAGAACCACCCGGCCUAUGCCACGGAGCUCCAGAGGGUCAUGGAUCUACAGCGCACGCUCAGAGCUGCCGGUCGAGUGUGUCAGACCGGCCGCAGGCAACUGUCUCACGCUCGAGAAAGCUUCACUAUUGCCAGUUUAGGCUUGCUGGCCAACUAUCGCAAGCGACAGCAGCUUGUGGGUCUACUGAAGUCGCUGCGCACCAUCAAAACUUUGCAGCGCACCGAUCUACGUCUCCGGGAGAUGAUGGAGGAGGAAGACUACAGUGGUGCCAUACAGCUGUGCCUGGAGUGUCAAAAAGCUGCCAGUACUUUCAAGCAUUACAAAUGUAUCAGUGAGCUGAAUUCCAAGCUGCAGGACACGCUGGAAAUGAUAGAGGAGCAGCUGGAUGUGGCCCUGGCCAAGACCUGCGCCGGAUUUGACGAGGUUCAUUACAGCAAAGUGCAGAGAGCGUACAGACAGCUGGGAAAAACACAGACGGCGAUGGACCAGCUUCACAUGCACUUCGCCAGCGCCAUUCACAACACGGCCUUCACCAUCAUCCUGGGCUACGUGGAGCUGUGCUGCGGUAAUGGGGGCGUGUCCAACUUCCAGAAGCGACAGUACGCCGACCUGUGUAAAAGCAUCAGCAUCGAGACGUUCAGCCCCUGCCUGGUGGACCUGUGUAAGGCCUUGUGGGAAGUGAUGAAGAGUUAUUACCGCACCAUGCGCUGGCACGAGCUCAACGAUCAACACGACGGGGAACCCGCCGAAGCUGAGGACGCAGGCACCAGCGUGGAGGCGUCCUUCAACCGCCGCUACGUCACGCAGAAAAUGGAGUACGGCCGCGGCCGCAUCUGGCAAGACGUGCAGCAGAAGGUCAAGAUGUUUGUCCUGGCCUCCGACCUCAGCGGCCUCAAACUGGACGAGUUUAUCUACGUGCUCGACAUCAUCAACAGAAUGAUCGGAAUCGGGGAGGAGUUCUGCGGCAGCAAGUCGGAGGGCCUGCAGGACUCGCUGAAGCAGCAGAGUCUGAACUACUUCAAGACGCACCACCAGGUCAGGCUGGAUGAGCUCCGGAUGUUUCUGGAGAACGAGGCCUGGGAAAUGUGUCCGGUCAAGUCCAACUUCAACAUACUGCAGCUUAUGGAAAACGAGGAGGGAUACGGAGACUCUGACAGCGACUCGGACAUUCCAGAUGAGCUGAAGAAAGACUACAUCGACGAACUGACGGGAGAGGCUCACUCAUACAAGCAUGGGUUGAGAAGAUCGACGAGCCGCAACAAGUCGAGAAGACAAGGGCCGCUCAUCACAAACACCACGCUCAACGUUCUACGGGUCAUGGGUAAAUACUUGCAGAUGAUUUCGGUCUUGAAGCCGAUAUCAUUCGAGGUGAUCAGCUGUAUGUCGCAACUCUUUGACUACUACAUGUACACGGUGUACUCCUUCUUCGCGUCUGAGACGACUCCGGGCAACGUAAGGACAAUCAACACUCGGCUGUUCACGACCUUGCAGAGGGUCAAGGACACUCUAGUGGAGGCGUCUCUCGCCCCAGGCAGCGUCCCCACCGAGCCUCAUGAGCAUGGCAAGACUCCUGCAGCACAGAUGUCUCCGAUUGUGAACCUAACACAGCCGUCGAAUUUGUACGGUCUGGCAGAACGCGUGGUGGCAACGGAGUCUUUAAUGUUCCUGGCCCGGCAACUGGAGUACCUGCAGCCCUACCUGGAGGAGUUUAUCCCCACCAACAAGAAGGCUUUCCUCAGCCAGUUCUACUCACAGAGCUUCACGGAGUUCCAGCACAAACUGUGCGAGGUGGACCGGCGCGUGCCGCUGCCCAAAGCCGUCACCGACCUGGUGUGGGAGCAGUGUGUGCGGCAGGCCAACCGCAUGUUUGUGGAAGGAUAUGCCUCGACCAAGAAAUGCAGCAACGAGGGGAGAGCACUCAUGCAGCUGGACUUUCAGCAGUUUCUCAUGAAGCUUGACCAGAUUAUUGAACUGAGACCGGUGCCGGAGAAGGAGUUUGUGGAGGCGUACAUCAAGGCGUACUAUCUGCCCGAGACCCAGCUGGAAGGAUGGGUGCACGAUCACAAGGAAUAUUCCAACAAGCAGCUCCUCUCCCUGAUCAGCUCCGUGGACCAUCUGAGCCGCAAGUCCCGGCAGAAACUGAUCAACAUGGUGGAAGAUCUGGACCGCGGCCGCAGAUAACCUGGUAAAAAUAUAGCUUAACCACCCGUCCCCCCCCCUCAGCGGCCAUCUUUCAUCAUCCAACAAUCAACAUUGACAGCCCUACCAUCAUCUUGAGCGACUUCGUGAGCUUGGAAUUGGACGGGGCGCCUGCAGAAGUUCAAGACUUAGUGUGAGGAGCAAAUGGCUAUAGAGGAAUCAACCAUUGCUUGGAACCGUCAGCAUCUACUACACUCUUCUCGAAGUGCUUCUUUCGGGGGACGGAGCGCUUUAUUAUGGGGAUGUCCCUUGUGUAGUGAUGUCGGUCCUUCACACAAGUAACUAGUAACAAGUAACAAGUAACUAGUAACAAGU